GAUGACGAAGAAGUAGAUAUGAAAGCAGAGGAAUGGAUCGAUCCUUUAUUUCCAUCUGCUGUCUUGGUUUCCUACUUAAAUGAACUACCCAAUUCGCUCUUACCUCCUGACAUGUAUGACAAAAUUAUAGGGAUUGCAGGUAAGAUUUUGAAAUCUUCAGAAAAAUUAUAAUGCACUUUUAACCAUACGUGUAACAGCGCGUGUGCCGCGAUAUACCGCAGUAUAACCGUCCUACAUCUUCUAUGGCAUUUACCUAUAAUUUGCACAUUGUUAUUUUACUUUUUUACAAUAACAAUAUAUAAAUUAGGUAAAUGCAUGAAUUAAGCAUGCGUGAUAGACAUUGGUGCCAAAAAAUGAAAGUUUCAUAAGCCAUUUAAAGGACUUAAAAUUGACUAAAUUUUCUGAUAUUUGGACCAUUGAUAAAACACAUAACAAAUUUCUCUAAUGCAUUUUAAACUUUUAAAUUUCGCGCGCAAGCUAUUUUUAAUGCUGCUAAAAAAGAAAAAAUGUUUGUUUAUUCUACAUUAUAAUUAAGUACCCAAACAAACUAUAUUUAUCAAACAUUUCAUGAAAUGAACGGAUUUAUGAAAUUGAGAGCCGUUUCAAAAUUUUUUUGAUACACCCUGUAUUUAUUCCAUCAAAUUUCUAAAUACAAACUAAAAUACAAUACGAUAAAACCAUACUAAAAAUACGGGUACACAAUACACAGUGUACGGAAAUAUAAACUUGUAAAGUAAAUUAAUACAGUACAUUAACUUACGUUAUGGUCAGAUCAGUAGUUAUAGUUAUUAGCAACCAAUACACCUAUCGCGAGCACAAAAAACCCUGGGUACGAGGAUGUCGCGAGCCAACCAAAAUGGCCGAUUUUACUUUUGAACACCUGUUGUUUCGCAACAUUUCUAAUGUAGAAUUGUCAAAAACGUGAAUUAUUGCAACCACAAAGUUUCAAAUAAAACAACUUGUAUCUCUGCAUCACAAAUUUUUUCAAAACCGGAAUGCGGUAAAAACGUUCGGGUUUCGCGAUAGAUCUAUUAUGUUGUAGUCUUCUGUUAAUAUUAACCAAAACAUUAAAAAUUUCAAUCAAAGGCGGACGCCGAUACAAUACGAUUGAUAUUUUUUAUUACAUUUUUAACCUAUACAGUAUGUCUAUUGUUCGUCUUCCCGACUACCACUUGUAGGUAUUUGCAUUUGUAGGUACUUCACAAUUGCAUAUAGAGCGUUUGCACAUGACGUCACAGCCGCCAUGGUGGUGUUCCAAUUCAAAAGAAAUUUAACUCUUUUGUGGAAAAAGUUAUUUCGCCGAGCUCAGAACUUUUUUUCUUCAAGAUUGGUUUAGAAACAAACUUGGAGAAUGGUUAGGUUAGGGUUAGGGUAAGGAGGUUAGAGUUAGUGUUUGGAAUAGGGUUAGUGUUAGUAAAACCGUUGCUUUGUCACGUUUUGUCACUCUGAGGCCAGCGAAAUAAUCUCUUCCCUCUUUUGUCUGGAACACCAACAUGGCCGCCAUGGCUUUUGUUGAGUUGGUCCCUGGGGAAAGAGCGCAAACGCUCUAUACCCAUUCAUGCGUUAUAAACCAAUCAUUAUUUAGAAUCAAUACAUCGUUUAGAUGCAGCAUUAACCUUGGUUUUGAUAGUUUGAACUUCAGACUAUGCUCAACCUCAGUGAUUGAAUCAAUGUUAAAUUACCAAGUUACUUUUCCAAGUGAUUAGGGGAUGUGCAUCCUUCCACCACCUUCGUAAAUUACGUCAAAAAUAUUAUUAGUAUAUCCCUUUCUGAUGUUUGGUUAGUGAAUCAUAUAUUUUCUUUUGUAUUAGAAAUAUCAAAUGGAAAUUCUGGUGCAUUAGAAAGUGUUUUGGAUUCUUUACCUCCCGUGAAUGCUGAAAUUUUAAAACUCGUUUUAGAGCAUUUGAAUCGGUAUGUACUGUAUAUAAACAGAUGCCUGGGGUUAAAACCAGCCUACAAUCGUAAAGCUUGUCGUAUAUGUAGAUUGGAUAUUCUUCAUUGAUUGUAUACAUCAGUGCAUGUAAUAGUUCUGAGUAUAUCAAUCUGGCAUGAGAGGCAUCCUAAAUGCUCAGUGAUAACAGCGUAGGUAUAUAUGAUCAGAGACUUUGGGUUCGGUUCCUAGUUGAGCCAAAGAAAAAUAUGUGGUUUUCCAAUUUCUUCUUGUAAAAACUUAGAUAGGGUCGGUCGGUUUUUUACGUCAGUGCUUCCACUUGCAAAGAUAAAUUUCCCUAAUAUUGCCUCAAUUUUCCACAAACGUUUUCCUCUAAGUGGAAACACAUGCAAGCAUGAUCCACCAAAAAAGUUUAGGGUCGGGAUUUCGGCGUCCAAAAGCUAGGUAGGGUCGGCAAACCGGAAGCCCACAUAUUUUUUUUUUGGUCUUGGGACAUUCAAUUGAAAUGUUUCAGCAAAUGUCUCCACACCAUAAGUACUGUACGCAGAAACUAAUUAUAUUUAGUGGCACACUAAGUUGACUGUUAAUAUAAACGCUUUAAAUUAUUACUCUGAUUGUGCAAUUCGCCAAUACCGCUAUAAAUAUAUAUCUCACGAUGGAUGUAUAGUAGAGUGCUGUGAUGUGAUUUAUUAAUUAGCUCAUUAAAAUUCCUACUGAAACAAAAAAAAUCAGUGGUGGAUCGUCGCGAAAUAUUGUGGGAGAGGGGGAGGGGGGAAUUUAGGUUAAUUAUUACCACCCUUUUGUUGAUGAAAAUCUCAGUUACUGAAAUUGUUUGUCUUAAAUUUGUUGCAAAUAUGCUUAAUUCACAGCCUACCAAUGCCUUCAUUGUUGUAAAAUUGUUGGUACACCUUUGUUCACAGUUAUUCAGCUACCAUUGGAAAGCUUUCGGAAAUCAGUUAUUUGGGGUGGGGCGGUGCCCCUAGCCUCCACCUCCCUCCCCCUAUAGUGGUGCGCCACUACUUUCCGUCUCUGAAAAAAAUGUUUCUGUACAUGUAUAUAGUGUAGAUAAAAUUAGUUCCGUCCAAGAUCGAAUAAUGUAACUAUUAACCACGUGUAUAUAGCCAUUGCUUAAAAAAUGUUUGUAGUUUAAAAAAAAUUGUAAUAAAUGUAAAUAUUCAAAUCUAUUUAUUUAUUUAUUUAUUAACUUCGGCCGUUUACACGAAUAUAAACAAGGAAAAUACAAACAGGAAAAUGGCUCAGGAACACUAACACAGCGUCAGCCAAUUACGUUGAAACAAAUGUUGUGCCUAGAACAUAAUAAAUGGGGCUUCGGUGGUUAGUGCACUUGCCUUCCACCCCUAAGGCCGCAGGUUCAAAUCUCAGUGAGAACUUUCUCAAUGCGACUCGAACCCAGGCCUCAUGUGAAAAGAGUAAAAUGUCAAGGCUCUGCUGAAAGUCGUGAGUGUUCUCCGGUUUCCUCCCACAGGGAAAGUCGACAGGGUGGGUUAGGUAAAAAGGGCCCACAGUAAUUGGCAUAUGCCGUUGUCGUGACCCUGCCCUAGUUGGCAAAGCCAAAUAAAUGAAUAAAUGAACAUGUUUUUCUCUUUAUUUAGGGUGGCAGAGUAUUCAAUGUCAGAAGAAGCAAUUGGAGAAGUAUUUGGUCCAGUAAUCUUGAGACCAUCACAUGAGAAUCUCACGUACGUAACUGUAGCUACAGUAUCUUGCCUAAACACUUGCUCACAAUUCGCCACCCAUGCAGCAACUUUCGUAUUGAAUUGAAGACUGGUUGUGAAAACGAAAACCUCCUUUCAAAUUUUCCUAGCUUCCUGUUUUAAUUUCCUGACUUCCUGUUCUGUUCUGAUCGUUGUCAUUGGUGGAUGAUUUUUGUUAGCCAAUUACAAUGCACGUAACAGAACUGGAAAUUAGGAACUUGUAACAGGAAGUUAAGAACUUCUAACAGGAAUUGAGGAAAAUUUAAUUGGCUUUCAUUCCUAAUGGGGAUCAUCAUUUAGUGCGAACCAGACGGAUCAUCCCUCAAGUGAUAGUUUGUCUGUGGCCAAACACAGACUGCGUUUAUGGAUUUCAAGACGAAAUGCGCACGCAAGUUAAGGUCGUUUUCCACUUCGCCCGUAUCGUACCGUAACGUACCGGUGAGCAUGCGCAACUUGAAGAUGGGUUUUCAAAUUUAAAUUUGUUUUGAUAUACGGUACGUUUGAAGUGGAAAAUGGCCUUUAGUCUGAGUGGACGAACUUCCCGUCUUGCGGAUGGAUCCGUCUGUUUGCUCGCGUUUAUAUAUACUCCAAUUAUCGGACAGUCUUUUCUUCACCGUCUCUACCAUAUAUCGGGCUGAUGGCAAUUUCCUGCAUAUCUUGUUCUGUACAACUUCAAUAAUUGUAGCCAAUUGUUGUAUAGAAUGAUGGCCAGAAAGCUUAAUGCGCACACUAAAGUUGUACAGUUGUUGAUGACUUUGAGAAGAAAGGUAGAUGAAGCUGAAGCUGAAGGUGAUCAGGAGGAGAAUGAUGAAUUACCACCUGGUUUGUUGGAUUGUUUUAAAUCAGAAAAUAUUGAGUCAAUCACCCAAUUUAAUUAUUUCAGAACUGAUCCAUUAUCAGUCAAUUGUUUUUUAAUACCAUAAAAAGGCCAAAAUGCUUGCAACCUAUCAAAAUUAACCCUGUAACUUAAGAGGAAUGUGUCACGCUUUUGCAAUGAAAUAUUUUUACCCCAAACAUUAUGUUUACGAAACGGAUCAACGGAAACUCGGAAAUUGUAACUGUUUAUUAGUUCCUGUUGCAUUUUGUUGCCGAUUACAGCAAGAAACGCAUAGACUGCUUUCAUCAAAUGUGUAUAUCUUUGACUUUAUAUUUGGUCAAAAUAACCAGUAGACUGCGAUGACCUAGUAAAGCACCACAAAAUCAAUUACCCUGUAACUUGUAAGCAAGUGUUUUUCCAUCGAUAUGAUUUUAUAUAUAUAUAUAUAUAUAUAUAUAUAUAUAUAUAUAUAUAUAUAUAUAUAUAUAUAUAUAUAUAUAUAUAUAUAUAUAUAUAUAUAUAUAUAUAUAUAUAUAUAUAUAUAUAUAUAUAUAUAUAGUUCCCUUCCAAAAGUUUAAAUACGUGCUCAAGAUGUUAAACAGCAAAGUGAUGAACCAUCCACUUUGUAACUUUAUUUGAACUCACACAACAUUAUACGUGCGAUUGUCAGAAUUAGCCCUACCACACUGUUAAGAAUUUGAUUUAAACCACUGUCAAGCUGAUUAUAUAUAUGAAUUAUGUAUUGCUAUAUGUCGCUGAAAGUAUAGCACCGUGAACUUUUAGUCGAAUUGACGUAGUAAUAUAUGUAAUUUGUUUCCCAACAUAUAACGAGAAAUAUUACCAGAAAAUAUUAUUGCCAUUUUGAGCAGAUACUAUAACGAGUACUUAUUAUAUAUUUUAAUUAUUAUUUAAGACGUGUCUAUAAUUUCCGUCAAUCGUCUUUUUUUUGCAGUUCCACCUCGACCGUCUAGAGAAAUUGUCCGGGAUAUUGAAAAGGUGGAGUGGUACUGGGGCGAGAUUAAAGGGUACAGUGAUAAUGAUAUUCUUUACAUUGUUACCAAUAAUAAGUAAGUAAGUAAGCAACUUUAUUUAACGAGGAUUCGACCUGACAGUAAAACUGAAAAACUUGAAAUCAUCUUGCAUAUCGGUAAGGUCACAUUGUUAAAUAAUUGCAUGUUUAGUAACAAACUUGAUUGAAUCAGUACG